AAGCAUAAUUAGCAAAAGCGAUAACAUUUAAUUGCGUACGAACUAAUCAGCAGAAAUAGCGUACAAUAACGAUAAGUUAGUAAAUAUUUUGGAAAUGUUUACAUUCAUAAAGGGACUACUUGUUACGCACGAGCGUGCUUUGGCGCGUAAUGAUCAGCUGAACGUACCUAACUCCGCCAUUUCUUAUUGUCAGAGCAACUGUCAAACGAAGUGGUUCGUACGCGACCCUAUUUCCUAUCUAUACCGACGAAUACGACAAACAAGCCAAGAUUGGGUGAUCCAUUGACGUGAAAGCGUUUCGGACGCAUCCGGAUACAAGGCUAGCCAGCUGCGCCAUUCUUGUUGUGUGACACUCAUAUCAUCAGCCACACUACACAUUUUCUGUGUUACAUUAUCAUUUCAUUGGUGCUGUAGUUAGCUGCUGGUCACACAUUGCAGGAAUGGACACAUCGGGCUUGCCUGUACCGGAUGCAAUCCACCCGCUAUUGGAACAAUUGCAAGAAGCUUUAGUUCUUGAAGUAAAAUAUCAACCUAACCUUCAACUACCUAGUAUAUCACAAAACGAUGAAAUAACAAUUGGGGCUCGUGAUGGAUCAGCUCAUGUUCUAAGAUGUUUGAAAGUGUGGUACGAUUUACCAUCGGAUGUGUUUUUUAUUGCUAUCAAUUUAAUGGACCGCUUCUUAACAAAAAUGAAAGCAAGACCAAAACAUAUGGCUUGUAUCAGCGUGUCUGCUUUUCACAUAGCUGCUGUCCAAUUAGCACAGUCCUUGGAUGCUGAUCACUUAGUUUCUAUUUCCCAGUGCAAAUGCACUGGUGGUGAUCUUAAACGUAUGUCAGAAGUAAUACGCAACAAAUUAGAAUGGGCACCUGGCACCCAACCUGUUACAUCCUUGACUUUUCUUCAAUUAUUCAAUGCAAUGUUCCAUUCGGUUGCAUCUCAGUUAGGAUUGGGAAAUAUAUAUAACAGUAUUGUUACGGAAUCCGAGCUUUUUCUCAGGUUAGAGAUGGUUGCUUGCGAUGGCAAUUGUGCAAGUCUAAGGCCAUCAGAAGUGGCACUUGUUCUACUUUGCACAUACUUAAAUAGUGCAGUUAAUCGGCUGGAUACUAAUGCAGAUUCUAUUGUAGCCACAACCACUAUUCCUAGUUCCUCCAUCAUCAAUACAUCUAUAUCAUCAAGACAGCAGAUGCUUAGACUUUUAGAAUUCGCUGUAGAGCUUCAGAAAAUAUGUAAGAUUCCAGAUGCAAGUUUCUUCUCUACCCAUGAUGCUGUAGGUGCUAUAUUGAGCAAAUAUAAUGCUCAAGAGCAAACUCCUCAUAAACAAAGACUGAUAUGGAGAUUGUCCUCUCGUACGGCGCGCCUUUUACGUCCAACUGAUAAAUUCACUUCUGUAUUACCUGUUAUCGCCGAACAUGCUCCAGUUCCUUCACCAAGUAAAAUUAGAAAAAAUCGUAAAUUUGGUCGACGCUAUGGGAACAAGAGACGUUAAGUGGCAGUAUCGAGGCCUUAAACUGCUGGAUUAGAAGUUUAGUGUUUGUCCGUCAUACCAAGCAAGAACGGAAGUUUGAUUUUAGUUUGAAGUUAGAAGUUUAAAUAGAAAGUACAAAUAUUGAUGUAUUUACGUCGUAUGAAGAACUGUCUGAUUAUCCCUUUUGUAUUAUACGUUGAAAAACAAAAGUCGCAAGAAGUGUAAAUUCAUAUUUUCAUUGCAUUAUUCCAAAUUUUUUAAAUGGAAUUUAUAUUAGAUACGUUACAUAUAAAUUUUCUUUUAAAUUGUACCAUACGUUUUGUAAGGAAGGACGAGAAUUUCCGUUCUUAAAUUAAUAUUUUAAAGCGAUUGCUAUCAUACAAAGCACACGAGUGCUGUGAAAAACAGAAUUGAAACAGCAAAUCGUAUUUUAGUAAUAUUAAAGUUAAUGUGAUAUAAUGUCCAUUGUAAUUCGUAUAUUACGAAUAGAACAUCGUACUAUAUGCGUACGUUUGUGGAACAUGUUGGAAACGUGAAGAAAUCGAUUAUACGCGAGUAUAAAUAAAAAGUUUUAAAAUUAUUUAAAAAAAUGAAUUAUAAAAAUUAAUGAAGCUAAUUAGGAUAAUUAAAAUGUUCAAUAAAUCUUAGUUCUUAAAAUUAUCGAAAUUAAAUUACUGUUUAACGUUUUGUCGUAAGACUGUAUUUAAAUUAUGUUUUGUUUAAGAAAAGAAUAUGGAUAAAUGUAAAUAGAAUAAUCUUCUAUCACAUGUUUUUAUAUGUCGAUUGAGUGAAAGAUGCAACGCAUUUAUAUUAAAUGAUCAAAACUGCUUAACUUUGUGCACUUCGAUUGUACUUAGUUUUAAAAUGAGUACAUUUUCCUCGGAUCAGUAUUUUCUCAAUUUUUUAAAUGUAGUUAGCUCGUAAUAUCUACACAAAUUUCGAGUCGAAUAUACAGCAAUUGUCAUUAAUCUAGAUAAUGUUUAAAAUAAUCUGCUGGCGAGUUAAAUUUAUGUAAUGUUUGUAUAAAGUUAUUAAGGGAAAUUGAGGAAUAUGGCACAUAUAUGUGAUUAAUUAAUACAAGAGCGCAAAAGGUUAAUAAUAAUCUUAAAUGCUUCAGACAAACUUCAUAAAAAACGAAACAAAAAAUGUCAGCUGUGAAAGUAUAAUUAUAUGUAAAGGUAAUUUAAGGUAUAUAGUAUUACAUAAUUACUUAUAAGAAUAACACUUACAAGCCACAAUUUGUGAUAGAAUUUUUUACUAAUGUAGUUUUCAAAUGUGGCCAUUAAAUGGUAGCGAAAUUGUCUAGAGCAUUUGAGAAUUAAAUAUUUGUCUAUAACUAUUUAUUGUCUAUUUCUCUCGUAUGUUAGAUUUUGUGGUAAUCUCAUGGUGUUUAAAAACACAAGAAAAAUGAUACAAAAAUACUCCGAAAUAACUAUAACUAAUUUAUUAUUUCUUAAAUGUAAAGAAUUAUACAAAAAAGAUUGAUUGUAAAAAAUAUGAAGGCAUUAUAUUAUUAUUCUAUAUGAAACGCCUAAUUUUUAAAUUACAUACGUCUAGUUAAUAUAGUUAUUGCUUAUUAUUUCAAAGCGACGAGUGACUGAAAGACAGAAAUUCAGUUUUAGAUGUCUGUGUCCUUAGCCAGUUUAUGCUAGUCAUAAGUCCAUGUGUAUGCUUAAAGUUUUUAUUUCAUUUAACUUUAUUAAAAUAUUGUUUAAUACUAUGUUAAUUUGAACGAAUAGUAAAAAAUAAUUGAAAUUACAUAUCUUAAAAUAAUACGGGGACACCAAACUAUCAUUCAAAAGUAUAUUCAAACAGAUUAUAAGUCAAGGGAAUUAUUGUAAAAAAAAAGAAACAGUAAAUAAGAGACAUUGAUUCUCUUGCAUUUUUCCUAUUAGUACUUAUUAACCAGUAUUACAUGCAAUUCUUAAAUUUUUCAUGAAUUUCUAAUAAAUCUCUUUUUGUGAUAAAAUACCAAACUAUACAAAAAAAAAAGUGUAAAAAUAUUUUUUUCGUAUAAAACGUAUUGUAUUUACGUGCAAAAACAAUAAGACAUUCGAAUAGACGAGAAUGUCGAAUGUUCUAUGGACCAUCUAAUCUUGAAAUGUAAUAAUUACAAAUUCAUGAUUUAACGUGUGUGAUUUUAUGAAUUUCUUCAUCUAUUUUCAUCUCCUUUUUCAAGUUAUAAUAGAAACGUUAGAAAGAGUUUAUUAUAAUAAUGUUCUUAAUCGCAUUGUUGUGAAAGGAUAUAAAUAACAUAGAAAUUGUUAUAUUGUAGAAAACUAUGAACUUCUGUUGUAGUUUAAUCUUAACAAAAUUAGCAUAACAAAUGCUGAAGGG